AUGGCUCUCAAGGUCAAAACUGCUGAAACCAAGGUUGUUCUGUUGAACCUGUUGAUAUGCAUGGCAGUUUUCUACACCGUGUAUUAUGUAGUCCUUUCCAUUGGCUUUGCAGUAUUCAAGAUUCAAAUGUUGGAUGGUUUGGCACCUUUUGAUUUUAAGACAAAUCCAUCAUGGUUUAACCCACAUUAUUUAGUUCUUGUAGUCUCACUGGAAAUAACCUUCUUCAUUUGUGGCCUGCUAUUUGCCCUGGUUGUGGAAGAAUGGGUUUGGGAUUACGCUGUAACAGUUACUGUUAUUCAUAUCAUCAUAACCUCAGUUGUUAUGUCUGAAUUCCCUUUGAUGUUACACUGGUGGCUGGCAUUAGGUAAAAUUAAAGUUCAAAUCACUAGAAUCUAG